ACUCGUCAAGUCGCCAACAAUCAACAACAACAGUUCGCUGACUGAAUCUCCCGAGGCGCAGCGCGCUGUCAACCCACUGAAGAACAACAACAAAGAAGCAAAAUCUGUCGGUGGCACGCCGCUUCAGUUUUUUUGAACAACAAACGUGAUCCUGUUCAAUUAUUUUGUUCUCAGUAGCUCGUAGAAGCGAAAUUUCUGGUAGCACAUAAAAAAAACUGCUUUUAUAAUGGGGGGUGCAAUCAUUGAAAACUUGAGUGGACGGAAAUUGAGUGUUCUCAUAGCCCUAUUGAUGAUUUGUCAGUUAUGCUGCUUCUUGUUGGGAGGCCUUAUUGCACCUGCCCCUACAUCAGCUUCUACUGUCCUUGGCACCAAGUGUUAUGAUAGAAAUUACAACAGCAGCAAAUGGUAUCAGUCUCGGCCUGUGAAACAAAUGUGCCACUCUUUUGAUUCCUUGGAUGAAUUGGAGAGUGGAAUAACUGCAGAUGAUAUCAUCUUUGUCUUUCAGGUCCCUAUUCCUAGAGAAAAAACAAUCUUGGAUUUCUCAAGAUGGCAGCAGAAUCUUAUUGGCACUCUUAUCCCAGAGGUCUUUUAUGAUGAAAAUGAUACUGGCAAGCAACCUUCUUCACAGCAUGACAUUGAGACUCAGUUGACAGUGGAUGCUCGUCUUGCCUACCAAAAUAAGGGAGAUCCUGAUGAUAAGUGGACACCUCUUGCCAGCUCGGUGGAGGAACGAAAACUGGAAUGUUCCAUUCUGGCGGAACACAGGAAGCCUGGAUACCAGUACAGCUGCUCGCUGAUCCCCCUGUUUGAGCUGGGCUCUCUACAUCACGACUUCUACCUCCUGAACCUGCGCCUCCCUAACAAACUUGCUGGCAAGGAAGUAAACAGAGGACUUUCUAGACUGGAGAACCUCAUGGUUGCAUUCAUCAACCAGAACGGAGGGUUCACCAAGGUUUGGGUGUCCCUCAAGACCGUCUUCUUCCCUCUGGUCGUCGUCGCCCUCGUGUGGUUCUGGCGCAGGAUUUGCCUCCUGGCGCGACCCCCAGCGCUGCUCGAGUGCUGCAUCCUUGAGCUCGGCGCUGCCCUCACGCUCCUCAACUUGCCGCUGGAAUACCUGACGCUGCUGGUGGACUGCCCCUGGAUGACGGUGCUGGGGGACAUCAGGCAAGGGGUCUUCUACGCCUCACUCCUGUCCUUCUGGCUCAUCUUUGCUGGCGAGCAUCUCAUGUUUGAGGAUGAAGUUGAGCGCAACCGUCUUCGCGCCUACUGGCGCCACCUCUCUGCCGUGCUUGGCGGCUGCGUGUGUCUCUUCAUCUUUGACAUGUGCGAGCGUGGCGUGCAGCUCACCAACCCCUUCUACUCCAUCUGGGUCACCGAUAUUGGCACGAACUUGGCGCUGGCCUUCAUCAUCCUUGCUGGCAUCUGUGCUGGGCUGUACUUCUGCUUCCUCAGCUACAUGAUCUGGAAGGUGUUUGUGAACAUCAGCGCCAAACGCAACUCGCUGACGGCGAUGUCGAGCAACCGCCGCCUGAAGUAUCAAGGCAUCAUCUACCGCUUCAAGGCCCUCAUGCUGGCUACGCUGCUCUGCGCCGCCAUGACCGUCAUCGGCUUCAUCCUGGGACAGGUGUCAGAAGGCCGCUGGAAGUGGGAUGAGGAUAUCUCGCUGGAGUACACGAGCGCCUUCUUCACCGGCGUCUAUGGCAUGUGGAACGUCUACACGCUGGCUCUCCUCUGCCUCUACGCGCCCUCUCAUAAGAAAUGGCCUCGUGAGGAGAGCGUUCAGAGCAUACACGGGGAGCUGCUUGCCAGAGAUCAGUUGAACAGCCAAAGCGAAGAAAUCGAAUUCAGCAGGUUUGCUGCAGAACCCUCGGAGCUCUCGGCCCUCACUGCCCUCGCCGGAAAACCUGCCACCGACUAAAAGGGGACCUCGGUACUCUUUUGAGUGUCAGUUGGUCAUUGUUACUCAUCUGAGUCCAAGUUUUUUCUCACAACUCCAGCUUAUACCUCGUCUCAGUACGCAACUUGUCAGCCGUUGUUCUCAGUACCAAAUUCAAGGCCUCCUUUUCGCCCUAAUUUUUCCUCUGUGAAUGAAGACCAAAAUUCAAAAUUCGUCUUGCGUGUCUCUCACUUACUGGCCUUGAGUAGAGAGCCCAGUGGGUAUUAUUCAUCGCACGCAUGAAAUACUUGACAGAACAUCGUUGGAGGAAAAUUAGUUAAUUUCCGAAUCCUACUCGAAAAUUUUGCUGCUUUCUUUUUUACGUGUCCUUAGUACUUGAAUACGGUUCACCAAAUAAGACUUGUAAAUUCGUAGGAAAUGUUCUCAAGCAUCGGAAAUCGUAUUGAGCCUUUCUUGUUUCAAAAUUAAAUUUCGCUGAUGAAAUCCAUCAGCGUUUGUCCUGAAUAGCUCUUUAACUAGCUUUAAGAUACUAUUAAUGUCAUUUCUGAAGCUAUAUUCUACGACAUUUUUGGAGCUUCCUGCAUAAAUAUAUGCAAGAUCACAAUCGUAAAGUGAUAGAUUGAAGGGCCUUGAGAUUUCUAAAUGCAUGAUAAAGCUUUUCGCUGAAUUUUCUAACGAUUUGGAGGAUAUGGUAGUUACGUUGCCCAUGUCUGACUGCUGGUCGUAAAUGGCUUGAAAAAAUUUGCGUAAGAUCUGACCGAGAAUCUCUCAAAACUUAAAGCUUUAAUAUACUUUAUCUAAUAAGAUAAUACUCUACAAUACUUAUAUGUUUUAUAUAAUAAGAUAAUACUCUGAAAUAAGAUUCGCGUCGAUAUAUUGUUUUUAGUGACUAUUCUGUGUCUUUCCAUUUCUUGUGACAUUUUAUUUAAACAUUCUCGUCGAUUAACUCCUAUUUCUGGUUUCAAUCGACCUUUACAUGUGAUGUUUUCUUUUAUUCCGAUCAAUUAGAAUUUUACAUUGAGCCGCAGUAUUAGACAACAUGUUGAUCUUGUCUAAAUGAAUUAUACCCCGAUAUUGAUUUGAAGUUUAAUCGAGGUUUUAAGACGUUGACUAUUACUUCCAUUUAAUUUAUGAGAUUUCUCCGAAAAUUCUCGUUUAUCAUUCUGUACUAUUGUUUCCAAUACCUAUUAUAUCUUUCGAGGCUUGUGUUGUUAUAAAAAAUUUGAAUAUUUCUUUCAUUUAGUGUGGCUAAUUUGUGACGACUCGGGAGGUUAGGCAGCUUUUUAUGUCUACCAAAAUCGAGUGUCUCGAGACUUCGUGAUCAGCUUGUGGAAUUCUUGUUUCUUUCCAUUGAUGUUUUCUUUUAUUCGUCUCUAACUAAUCCUUGAUGUUAAUGUGAUUUAUUACAUGUAUUAAGUUCUCUUGGAUAAGUUUUUUAUAGCCAUUCAUUAUCAUUUCAUUUUGUGCUACUGGCAAUAAACUUAAUUCAAAGUGUUGACAUCAACGUACAAUUUCAUCCGUUCCAUUUAAACCAUAAUUCUUUAGCAUUUAAGCCUCAUAAAUUAAGGAAUUAAGAACUUCAAAACCAAAUUUGAUUCGAAUAGUGCCCUCAUUUGAUUAGUUGAUGGCGAAUUAUCAAACCCCUCGUAUAGAUUAGUGUUUUAGAGGACCUGAAAUCCAUGUACAGAACAUGCGACAAAUUAAAUAAUAGUCAAUUUUGUUCGUGUUAUAUCUUUUAUCAGUAUUAUUUUACGAUGCUUCUCUUAUUAUUUCUAAUUCAUCCUCUAUUAUAGGCUAAUAUUAAAAGCUUGUUCCCUUCACGUACUAUGUAUGAAUAGUUCAAUACUUUCGCAAGUUGAUUUCUGGAAAUACUAUAUUAUAUAGCACGGCGCAAAGUGUCUAGAUUCCGAUAUGGCAAUGCUACAUGUUGUUUAUUCCAUGACAAUCUAAUCGGUCAUUCCUGUUGUUCACAUUUAUUACGUUGGCACUAAACCUAAUUUACCGUUAAGUGUCACAGGUUUUGCAGCUGAUAGAAUUAAUCAAUAAUAGUAAUUAAGAUUCGCUGUAUCGUCAUAUUAUCGAUUAGAGUUUGUACUGAAACAUCAGCGUUAAAACUUCCUAAUCUUACUUGAAAAAUUUAACUGAAAUCUCAUUUUUACGAAUGUGCUACUCCGCUUGCAGUCGUCAGCCUCACUCGUCAGUGACUGCGCUAGCGACCCAACUGACGCGCGUGCGUAGUUUAGUCUAUUUAGUGCUAACUAUUCCUGUCGUGAUCGUGUUCUUAUAGGACGUUCUCUUGUAGGUUUUUCUCGGCUUUAUUGACUUUGUCCAAUCACUCAAUAGUUAGUUCGUAGACGUCAAACAAUAGAAUAAAGCUCAGAUUAAGCAUAGGUGCUUAACUCAAAACUGCUUAACUUUAAGCUGGCUAGACUCCAAACGUUUGAAUAUUUUGACCUUUGGUUUAUCAUCCAAUUCCUUUGGUUUAAUUGAAAAUUCAAGUACUUAUUGUUUAAAAUUUGAAUUUACCAAUCU